AUGUAUUCCAAAUCAGUUGUUGUUUUAGGUUUAUCAGCUCUUGCUAUGGCCCAACAAGCCAAUGUUAUUUCCCAAAUUGGUGAUGGUCAAAUCCAAGCUUCUCAAGCCACUGGUGGUCAAGGUGGUGGUGCUUCUGCUCCUCCAGCUGCUCCAGCUUCUUCUGCUCCUCCAGCAGGUGGUAAAGGUUCAAGUGCUCCAGCUGCUCCAGCUUCCUCAGCUCCUCCAGCCGGUGGCGAAGGUUCAUCUGCUCCACCAGCAGCUCCAGCAUCAUCAGCUCCUCCAGCAGGUGGUUCAAGUGCCCCAGCAGGUGCUCCAUCAAGUGCUCCUCCAGCUGCUGCUGCUUCAUCAGCUCCUCCAGCCGGUGGUGAAGGUUCAAGUGCCCCAGGUGGUGCUCCAUCAAGUGCUCCUCCAGCUGCUGCUGCCUCAUCAGCUCCUCCAGCUGGUGGUGAAGAAGGUGGUAAAUCAGGUUCUCCAGGUGGUCAUAACACUGCUCCUCCAGCUGGUGGUAACCAAGCUACAACCACUGCUGCUCCAGCUGGCUCAACUGCCGGUAAAACUACUCCAUCAGUUUCAGCUACUCAAGGUGGUGGUGCUCCAGGUAAAAACGGUACUAGUCCAGGUUCUCCAUCUUCAAUUGCUGAACAAUCUGAAAAUGCUGGUAACGUUUUGAGUUCAGGUAAAUAUGCUGUUGUUGGUUUAGCUGCCGUUGCUGGUGCUUUGUUGAUCUAA